UUUGAAUUGAGUGGAGCAUUCCUGACAUUUGCAUGCUGAAUGAUAAUUUAUCCAUGCAGCCUAGGGCCAGGUGCCCUUGGACAGUAGGGUGAUUGCUGGAAGACAGGGAUCUAUGUCAAUCAAGGGUUCACAAGAAAGAGGCAUGGCAGGAAGAUACUUAGGGCAGGAGCCUUGUCCGGGUCAGCGCCAAAGCCUCAGGCAGAGGGGACAGCUGCAAAGAGAGGCUGGAGACAGACCCUGGCUUUUGUGAAAUCCUGGGGAAGGGGAGGCCAAGUCCACGUGAAGGCCCCGGAGAACUGAGUGUCCACAGGUUCUACUUCUGUCCCAGCAGCCAUGCAAGGAUAGACUGAGGCAAUCCCAGUUCCACUGGGCGCCUUGACAAGUCAGGAGGGAUCAAAACAGGUAACUGGGUCACACGUGGAUGAUUCUCUAGUUAUGCCCUCAGUUGUCAGACCUUUUGGGCGGGGGGAUGGCAGUGCAGUGGGAAUCCACUGAACUUAAACAUCAGCAGUCUGGGGUUGAGACCUGCUGCUCAAGAAACCAUAUUUCCAUUGAAUCUUCAGCCAAGUCUCAUUGAAUGACUCCUCUCUGAGGGUUACCCCUUUGGAGUCUCAUUGAAUGACUCCUCUCUGAGGGUUACCCCUUUGGAGUCCUGUGGUUUUUGUCUGCUGCUACAAAUGAAAUGCAUUCCCUCAACUGGUUCCUAACUGUCUGAACUAAAGCUAAAAAGCACACUUUUUUAGAAAAUGUAUUCAUUUGCUUGCAUGUGUAUGGGUGUAGGCAAGUAUAUCAUGGCUCACAGGUGGAGGUAGAGGGCAACUUGCAGGAAGGCGCUGGUGCUCUCUUGCUGCCACAUAGGUCCUGGCAAUGAGCUCCUGUCCACAGGCUUGCUGAUAAGUGCCUUUGCAUACCAAGCUAUGUCCUAAGGCCCAACAGACACUCUGUGUGUCCUGGGGUGGGGUGGGGGGUGGGUAUCUCUCUUCUCUUUGUGUUUCUUGUUUGGUAUUUGAGCUCUUUUCCUAAGAGCUCUUUUCCCAACAAGUCACUAGGACAGUUUCGGCCAGGAAGGUCCUCUUGGCUUUAUGGUUUUUCUUUUGUUCUCACCCUGGAGUGGGGUGGGGGGGCUGGCCUCAGCAGCCUUCCUCUUCUGUAAACUGUGGUAGUAAGUCUGCUAAAUAUCUGCCUUACUCUUGUAGUACGGGACUUUCAUCUCAUUGUCUUAUAGAGAUGAGCACAUGACGGAAGGAUGGAGGAUGCUCGGUCUCUCCACGGAUGAAAUGUUUUGUCACACUAAGGAAGAAAUAGUAACACACACAGAGCAGCUUGCCCUGCUGGCCUGCCGAGAGUAAUAAUAGAGACAGCCACCAGGUGCCUUCUCCCUUCCUGGAUGAAGCGCCCAAGAGGCACCUGUUUGUUCUGCCCAAACUGCCCGAAGGGGUCUUUCUCAUUCAUUUUUCCUAGUUAGGUCACUCCUCCACUUUCCCCUGUGGCUUUCUCUAGGACAGAGGUUCCUUUCCACACUAACCACCACAGCAACAUCACCUCUGUCCCUGAGUACCAAGGCAGGAUGACAGUUCCUGCAGGACCUGAGAGUCCUCACUUCUCCCUCGAGUCAGGACUGUGGCUGACUACCUUGGAGGGGUUUUCCUUGCCUGUCUUGCUGCUUGGAAUCUUGAAUCGUCUUUGUAGUGACAUCUGUUGAUUUCCUAGGACUGUGUCCAUUCCCUCCCAUCAUAUUUUUCAGGGAAUUCCUGACAUUCCAUAGUUUGUCUUAAGAUUCCCCACCCCAAUGGCUCUUUGGGGGGGGGUAAUUCCCCCCACAUACACUGAGUAGAAACCAUACUUCAGAUUUCUAAUUUGGACCCUUUGCUGAAUUAGCAAUUAGUGGUCCAGUCUCUCAGGCAGCAAGCACGGUCUCCAAUCAGCCCUCAAUCUCAGAGGAGCAGUCAACACUGUAUAAAGCACUAUGACCAGAGACACCAUGGAGAGGAAAGGAUGUGCUUCGUCUUACACCCUGUAGUCCAGUCCAUCAUCCAUGGAAGUCCGGGAAGAAUCUGGAGGCAGGAACUGGUUCAGGGGACAGGGAGGAGUGCUGCCUUACUGACUUGCUCUCCAGGGCUUGCAUGAACUAUUUUCUUAUGACUCUUAGGAUCAACAACUCAGGGAUGGCCUUGCCCACAAUAAGCUGGCACUUCCACAUCAAUUAGGAAAUCAGGAAAAUGCCCCACAGGCUUGUCUGUAGGUAAAGACUCUGGUAACGCAUUUUCUCACUUGAGGUUCCCUCUUCUCCAGUGACUCCAACUUGUGUCAAGUUGACAUCAAACUAGCCAACGCCGCCAACAGUUCACCCCUGGGACAAAAUACUUGACAAAAUCAAGUGAACAGAGUAGGGGUUUAUUCUGGCUCAGGUUCUUAGAGGUUCCAGUCUGUGGUUGCUUGGUUGUCUUAUCUCUGGACUGUGGUAGGCAGAGGAUGGCUACAGGAAAACGUGAUUACACAUAGCUUCCCAGCUCAUGGCAGAAAGGAGGCCAAAGGGGGUGUGGAGGAAAGGAGCCAGGGACAGAAUCUAGCCCCUCAGGAUCUACUCCCUUCAACGUUACAAUUACCUCCCAAGAGUCUAUUAAAAUACAACCCCAAGAGCCAAAAGCCCCGCCUUGGUACUGUAGUGCUGGGCCUUCAGCAUCCAUCAUCCGGACAUUCUGUGUCCAAACUGCAGCACAGAGAUUAAGGGAGCACCUUUGUUCUCUAUCCGAGGCGUUUCAGGAUAGCAUGUCCUUUGUCUGUAAAGCUAUAAGUCCAUUGCACGGCUAGGAGUUCCGUGUAGGCUAUGGUACAUCUCUAACUCCUUCCAUAUUUGUGGGGAUCUUCUAGGUCCAGUCUUGUGAGCUGGUGUUUUUAUGAUUCAGGACCAGGACAGAGGGACAUCGCCUGGUGUUCUUUGUGCCUUUCCCUCUGAAGAGUCAGUGCUGCUCACCAUCUCUUCAUGGUCACUGCCUGCCGGGACCCUGACUAUGGGACUCUCAUCCAGGAGCUGUGCCUCAGCCGCUUCAAGGAGAACAUGGAGACUAUUGGGAAGACGCUAUGGUGUGACUGGGGAAAGACCAUACAGAGCUAUGGGGAGCUCACUUACUGCACCAAGCACGUGGCGCACACGAUUGGCUGUUUCUGGCCCAAUCCGGAAGUGGACAGAUUCUUCAUCGCUGUCCACCAUCGAUACUUCAGCAAGUGCCCCAUCUCGGGCAGGGCCCUGCGGGACCCUCCCAACAGCAUCCUCUGCCCUUUCAUUGCGCUCCCCAUUACGGUCACGCUGCUCAUGACUGCACUGGUGGUCUGGAGGAGCAAGCGCACAGAGGGCAUCGUGUAGGUAUCCCAGGUGAUGAGGGAUUGGGGAACCAUGGGCCUAGCCCAGCAACAGCAUCAGGAGCAGGUCCCACCUUGCAUCCUGCUCUAGCCUAGUUAGCACAGGACUUGAGAGUGGCUCUGCAUUAAGCUGAAUAUGCCCUAGCCAGAGGCUUCUAGCAGGGGAGCAGGGGCCUGCCUCUGCUUACCUCUGAGAUUGUUCUAAGCACCAGGUCUCUGGUACACUUCAUCACCACUGUGGGCAUUCUGAACUCCAAGGAAGACUGCACAGAUGUGUUUGUAGAUGCACAGUUUGUGAUUAAAAGAGUAUUCUUAAACCUGG